AUGGAAAUUCAGGUUGGCCCUCGAAAGCGAAAGUUAUUCGUCGUUCGCGAAAAAGAUGCACUUGAGCCAUGGAUGAAGAAAUUCUUUGUCGAAUUAGGCGAUGAAUUGCAAGUUAAGUACGUCAAGGCGUAA